AUGGGUGAAACCCAGCCGAUACAGUUCCCUAUCCGUGAGGCCGUGACGACGGGCCCUCCCGGAACGGUGAGGGCUGGCGGAGGCCGCGCCACCGCCCCCUUUGAGCAGCGUCGCGGCUCCGCCGCCCGAUGGAUACGCGUAUCAUGGACAUUCGGGGAGCGCACCACUGCUAGCCCGCUAGGGCCUUAG